CCUGGCUGAAGUGUGGGCGUGCACCUCUGACUCUUGAGUUGCGGAGCGCAUUUCCUGGUAGCCUCUGGGAGCCUGGGAGCGCAGCUGCAGCUACAGCUACUGCCUUGGGGAGCAGGAAGUCUGAGCACUCUGAGUAGUAGAUGAGCCUACUACGUGGAACCCCUCUGACUGUUAGCGGUGUCCUUCUCUCUGGCUGCUGUGGCAAGAAUAGACUUGGGACGAGGAGGAAGCAGAAGGCAGGAAGUGAUAGCAGCUGCACUGCUGAGGCCCUGCCCUUCCUGCCCUGAGGUGGGGCCACCAGGAUGAGCAGGCUGCCUGGGGAGUUGGAGCACAGCCUGCCGGCCGUGGCUUCCUUGGGCUCCUCGCUGUCCCACAGCCAGAGCCUCUCCUCGCACCUGCUCCCGGCACCCCCAAGGAAGCGCCUGGCCAUCUCCGACGUGCGCCGCACCUUCUGCCUGUUUGUCACCUUUGACCUGCUCUUCAUCUCCCUGCUCUGGAUCAUUGAGCUGAACACCAGCACAGGCAUCCGCAGGAGCCUGGAGCAGGAGAUCGUCCACUACAGCUUCAAGACCUCCUUCUUUGACAUCUUUGUGCUGGCCUUCUUCCGCUUCUCAGGACUGCUCCUGGCCUACGCCGUGCUGCGGCUCCGGCACUGGUGGGUGAUUGCGAUCACUACGCUCGUGUCCAGUGCUUUCCUUAUUGUCAAGGUCAUCCUCUCUGAGCUGCUCAACAAGGGGGCUUUUGGCUACUUGCUCCCCAUCGUCUCCUUCGUUCUUGCCUGGCUGGAGACCUGGUUCCUCGACUUCAAAGUCCUACCCCAGGAGGCCGAGGAGGAGCGAUGGUACCUCACUGCCCAGGCUGCUGUGGCCCGUGGACCCCUCUUGUUCUCCAGUGCCCUGACCGAGGGCCAGUUCUAUUCGCCCCCAGAAUCCUUUGCAGGGUCUGACAAUGAAUCAGACGAAGAAGUCACUGGGAAGAAAAGUUUCUCUGCCCAGGAACGGGAGUACAUCCGCCAGGGCAAGGAGGCCACUGCAGUGGUGGACCAGAUCUUGGCCCAGGAGGAGAACUGGAAAUUCGAGAAGAAUAAUGAAUACGGGGACACCGUGUACACCAUCGAGAUCCCCUUUCACGGCAAGACAUUCAUCCUGAAGACCUUCCUGUCGUGCCCUGCGGAGCUGGUGUACCAGGAGGUGAUCCUGCAGCCUGAGAGGAUGGUACUGUGGAACAAGACUGUCACUGCCUGCCAGAUCCUGCAGCGGGUAGACGACAACACUCUCAUCUCCUAUGAUGUGUCUGCAGGAGCCGCGGGCGGUGUGGUCUCCCCUAGGGACUUUGUGAAUGUGAGGCGCAUCGAGCGGCGCAGGGACCGGUACCUGUCAGCUGGCAUCGCCACGACACACUGUGCCAAGCCCCCAAUGCACAAAUACGUCAGGGGAGAGAAUGGCCCCGGGGGCUUUGUCGUGCUCAGGUCAGCCAGUAACCCUCACGUAUGCACCUUCAUCUGGAUUCUUAACACGGAUCUUAAGGGCCGUCUACCCAGGUACCUCAUUCAUCAGAGCAUCGCGGCCACCAUGUUCGAGUUUGCCUUUCACCUGCGCCAGCGUGUCAGUGAGCUGGGGAAUGGGGCGUGACCCACCCACCACCCUGCAGGCCAGGGUUCUUGGUCACCCACCACAGUCCUCGGAGCCCGAGAAGGGAGCCUACUGGGCUUCUCGCUGUCAUUGCGUGACCUGGCUUCUAGUGUGUGGACAUCACUCUGGCCCCAAGCCUCACCGUGCCUGCAAGCCAUGGCUCUGAGCAGAGGGGCUCUGCUGGCUGAAGGAAGUGGGGUGUGCCCUGUUGGUGUCUCUGUGGCACCUCCUCAAGCGAGGAGGAGAUGGCCGUCCUCUUCCUGGCCAGGGAGCACGGUCUGGGAAAGGAGCCUCAGACAGGGCCAGCCAGCAGCACAGUGAAUGAAGGAGCCCCUGGUCUGCCAUGCUUGUCAUGGUUUGCUGGGGU